AUGUCCUACCGGCCCCCCCAGAAGAACCCCCUAAUCCUGCUUUCCGACGGCUCAUGGAGUGGACGAGAACGCGGGGCAGGCUCUAACGUCCAUCAGUUGGCCAAUCUGGUUUGGGGUGGCGCCGGCCUUCCUAAUGAUGACGAUUUCGCGCAUCUUCAUCCUUCAGGCAAAGCCCGUUAUGUCAACAGCGUCCCAGUUGGCAGUACCUUUAUGGAUCAUCUAGUUCGCGGUCUCAACGUCCACGAUAUCACGCACCAGUGCGUAGACGCUUACGAAUACCUUGUCCGCGGAUAUACACCACAAGAAACAGAAAUUUGGAUGUUUGGCGUUUCUAAAGGCGCUUAUAUCGUCCGCGCCGUAGCUGGAAUGAUCAACAACUGCGGUAUUGUGAAGCCAGUGUACCAGUCGAACGGCGACGUCGACGAGGAAAAGACGCACCAACUUUGUCAAGAAGUCUACCGCAUCUACCAGUGUCCUUCCGAGCCUAAUGCGCCGAAGAGUGAGAAAUCCAGAGAUUUCAGGAGGAAGAACAGCUGGGCUCUCAUCGGCGACGGCGACGUCAUUGAGUCGCCUGUCCGCUUCAUGGGGGUCUUUGACACGGUGGGCAAACGUGGAAUCCCCGAGUUUGCCGAUUCGCUCGGUAUCGACUGGCCUAAGCUGUAUGACCAGCAUGUUUCGAGCGUUGUGUCCGACGUCUACCACGCCGUCUCACUGCAUGAUCGCUUGUACGCCUUUCAACCUUGCCUCAUUUCACGCGACACAGAGUACGGACCGUCAUAUGGCAUCACGGAGCGCUGGUUUCCUGGCACACACUACGACAUCUGCCGGCAGCAGUUCAAGUUCGUCAGGGGUAUUCUCCCAAGAAGUCUCGAAAGCGUUCUUCCAGCUUGGGCUUGGACGAGUAAGGUCAUCAAGCCAAACGAGAUUCUCUCCGAUUUAGUUUUAAAGUGGAUGCUAGAGUGCAUCGACACGCACGACCCCUCUGGUUUCAUCAUCCCAAAGGGCAACAUCUACCGUGAGCUGGACCGACUGAAAAAGGGCAUUCUCGAAGGACAGAGCACCGGGGACGGUGAUGUCUAUAAUCGCAUCCUGCAGUUCGCGCCCUUUGGACAGUACCUCGAUCUCGCGCUGUCGGUGGCAUUUGGAAAGUGGCAGAACACUCAGCUAUAUCAGUUGCUCUUUGCAUGUAGACCAAGGUCUAUCCCUGAGUUCAAUGCAUCCGUGUACAACUACAGAGGACCCGAUCCGAACCUAGAUGGCAAUAUCAUCCAGAAGCUGGCCAACCUUUCGUCGAGCUCGACGCCCACUGAGGAACAGGCUAAUACGCGUUACCCCGCUACUUCAUAUGAUGGAUGGUUGCUGAGACGGUAG